CCACCCCAGGCUCGCGGCCCGCUCGGGCAGAGCCAUGACCCAGGACAGCAGCUCGAGAGGGCGGCCGGAUCCCGGUGCACCAUGACCCUCGGGCCCGGCCCCGUUUCGGGCCGAUGUGCACCACGUAUUCCGCCUGCCUCUCUCCUCCCGGCCUCGGCUGCGAAGGCGGCAACGGCUGGACAAGAGGCCCGAUUAAGGCGCCGGGCUUCUCUACGAACACUCGCCGCGGAAGCGGGUUCACCAGCCUCCGCUCUCUGGGGCUCCUAAGGAGUCAGGCCCCUGGCCGCCACCGUCACCUCGGCCGCUGCCGCCGCCAUCGCCUUCAUCCUUCGUCCCCCACCAUGGCCGAGGAGCUCUCUGCGGCCACGUCCUACACCGAAGAUGAUUUCUACUGCCCUGUCUGUCAGGAGGUGCUCAAAACGCCCGUGCGGACUGCCACCUGUCAGCACGUUUUCUGUAGAAAUAAUAGGAGUGAAACAUCUGCAUCUGAUAACACAGAAACUUACCAAGAGAAUACAAGUUCUUCUGGGCAUCCUACCUUUAAGUGUCCCUUGUGUCAAGAAUCAAAUUUUACCAGACAGCGUUUACUGGAUCAUUGUAACAGUAAUCACCUAUUUCAGAUAGUUCCUGUGGUAAGUAUGUAUGUUUACGACAGUUCUGUUUAAGGUAUGCUGUUCUAUUUAUUUCCCUUCAUCUGUACACGGGACAGUGGUUAAUUUAGAUUUGGAUGGGGCAUUAUCAGUAAGGUAUGUUUUGUCAUCAAAGAUUGAUAACUGUGAAGCAAAAUGAGAUACUUAAAAUUCUAGUAACUAGGAACUUCCCUGGCAGUCCAGUGUUUAAGACUCGCCUUCCAGUGCAAGGGGGUAGGGGUUCCAUACCUGGUCUGGGAUCGCUGAGAUCCCACAUACCUUGUGGC